CUAAAAAAGCCAAAAAUCGAAUCCUCAAAAGUAAGAAAAGAAAAAGCUACAAGUGGAAUCACCAUAACGAUUGAUGCUUUUUUUCUUCCCCUCAAAUUCAGGCACUUGCUCCAGUCCUCCCCAUCCCGUCCCUCUCAUCACUCGCUCUGUCAUUUCAUCCAACACGUGCUAUUCAAAAAGUUUUAGCUAAUUUCAUGUUUGCUUGCGUCGUCGUCGAUCUAUUGCGUGAUUAUAUUGAGAUUUUAUUAAAUUCUGGAGAGAAUGCUGAAUAACCUAGUUCUUCAUGGUUGAUCAUAUUCGGAUUUGAUUUGGAUUUUUAAAGUGGUAAAAAUGGAUGAGAGAACGAAGAAAUACAGGCAGCUGAGCCCGGAUAGAGCAAAAGUUUGGACUGAGAAAUCUCCCAAAUAUCGAUACAAUCAUCACUAUAGCUCUCCGCCGCCGCGUCAUGCUGGGAAAGUUCCUGUUGUUUACUAUUUAUGCCGGAAUCGCCAGCUUGAGCACCCGCACUUCAUGGAAGUCCCGCUAUCUAAUGAUGAUCUUUACUUGAGAGAUGUGAUUGAAAGGCUUAAUGUUUUGAGAGGAAGAGGUAUCGGUUCAAUGUAUUCUUGGUCCUGCAAGAGGAGCUACAGGAAUGGGUACGUAUGGCAUGAUCUUUGCGAGGAUGAUGUUAUUCAUCCUGCUCAUGGCAAUGAGUACAUUCUCAAGGGUUCAGAGAUCUUUGAAGAUUCGGAUCCGGGUCGCUUUAGUCCUGCUCCGACUUUUAUAAAUCAGGGCCAGAGAGCAUUGUCUGGACAGCCUUGCCCCCAGAACCAGGAGGAGUCAUCUUCUUCGUCUAGCUUGAAUGAUGGAACUACAAAGAGUUUGCAGGAUGAUGAGCUGCCAUCUCAGCUGCAGCCCCCUUGUGCAUCCCCAGAAUCAGGUGUGGAGAAGGUUUCGUAUGGCCCUCUAAGCCUAACAGAGUACAAAAAUGAGGGCAUUGCUAAUGCUUCCACUCAGACAGAGUUACAAGAAUGCACAGUCGUGGAGAAAGGUGUUUCGACCGAUGAUGGUUCAUUGGAACCUCACCAGACUCAACUUUCCGAGCUUCAAGAUAAUGCAGAGAGAUCUGGGAACUCUGUUUCGCUACCUCCCUCUGCUGCCGGUGCUGCAUCAAGUGUUAUUGGGGAGAAGACGUUGGAAUCUCUCAUCAGAGAUGACGUGAGGAAGUUGAACAGCUUUAGGAUACUCGAAGAAGAAGGAUACCGGUUCCCAUCAAGAACAAAGCUCAAGAUUAUUAAUAUGAUAACGCAACUAAUCUCCUGCGGCUAUGUACAAGAGAAAGAUCACAGCUUUGGCCUUAUUCCAACCUACGGGCCUAGGUAUUCCAGCUCCAAGUAUCUGUCCACUUCAGUAACAUUGGGAGAGAUCGAUCACCUGCCUGAGAAUCCUCAGCCAAUGGGAAAGAGGGUUGCAGAUAAAAAGUGCUUUAGUGGGAGUUUGGCUGAGAAGAGUGUGGUCGAAGAAGUUGCACCCACUCUCAAACGAUCCUCUUCUUACAAUUCUGAUCGAAGCAGUCAGCAUAUUGAUUCAAUAAAUGAUAAGGAAGAAGACAGUUCCACACAUUCAAAAUGCGUCCCAUUAUCAAUCAAGGCUUCUUCUCUCCGUAAGCAGCUAAGAUGUGAAUUACUGAGAUCCCCUCUCUACGAGAAACGUAGGAUCUCAUCCGAGAGAGGGGAAAGCUCGCGAAUCACUGACCCAGGCAUGUCAAAUGAGAGCAAGAGGACGACAGAUCCACGCUCGGUCAGAAUCGAAGAAAGCUUGCAUCAGGAGCUCGAGUUAUAAUACAAUCCACAGCAUCGUGGGAUUAAGAGAGUUAGUAUUUUAUUUUAAUUUAUUUACAUCGCAUAGAUGAGAAGAGUGGGAUCAAUCUUGAAACAUCCUAGUACAAAAUCAAGAAAUUGACGUUGAGGUUUGAAGUGAAACAGGUCAGUCAGUCUCCAAAUGUGGUCCAGAUCUGAUUCUUGGUUUCAGGUUUCAAAUUUCAACUUCUCCUUUGACAGUUGUAAAAGCAUUUACACAAAUGAAAAGGGAUAUGAAAAGCAUUAGAUAAAUCUUCUCCUUUGCUAGAGAAUAUAUUCUGCAU